UGCAACAAAACUAUUGUCGAUGCUUUGGAGUUCGCAUUCUACGAGGCAUUUCAGAAUGUGCAACCCACCAAUAAACGGUAUUGCUUGGCUGUCGACGUCUCAGGAAGUAUGGAUUACCAGAUACGAAACAGUUGCCUGACUUGUAGUGAGGCAGCCGCUGCUCUUUCGAUGGCCAUUAUCCGCACUGAGCCACAUGUAACAUCGGUAGCGUUUUCGGAGGAAUUGAUACCUUUGGACUGGAGAAAGGACAUGAAUCUAUCUGAAGUCAUGGAAAGUGCUGCAAAAAUUACAAUGGGAGCAACAGACUGUGCGCAGCCAAUGCUUUGGGCUGAGGAAAAUAAAAAGCAGUUUGACGUUUUCAUCAUUUACACGGACAAUGAGACGUGGUUCGGUGAAGUUCAUCCGUUCGAGGCGUUGCAACAAUAUCGGAAGAGAAUGGGUAUUCCGGAUGCAAAGUUGAUUGUCAUGGGUAUGAUCUCCACAGAUUUCAGCAUAGCAGAUCCCAGCGAUCCGAAUAUGCUUGACAUUUGUGGUUUCGAUUCUUCGGUGCCUCAGCUGAUCAGCGAAUUUGUUCUCGGCAAUAUAUCUUAG